AUGCUCAAGAGAAAGAUAUCGAGAUCACCGUCUUCGUCACCACCUGGUGGCAGCUCAGACCUACUUAGUAAAGCUGUGGCGGCAAAACGCAAGUCCAAGCAUCAGAAGGAUGCCAAGCAUGCGUCAAAGUCCCCAAAGCCAACGCUCGAACCAACGCUCUCAUUCAAGAAACCAAAGAAGAAUAAGGGUGGGAGUUCUGCUGAGCAGUCGCCCAAGCAUCAGGCACAGUCUUCCUCUUCCAGCAGUGCGGUCAAUGGCACCAAUGACGCGCCAAUUCCAACGAACCGACGACCACUUCACCGCAACACCCUCUACCACCCAGUCAACAGCGGACUGAUACAACAACAGCCACAGCAACCGACCAAGGAGUGCGAUAAUAUCUUUGCCAAUCAAAGCAAUGAGUUCAUCCCAUUGCUGAGUAGCAGUAGUAUCAGUAAUAAUGUACAAACAGAGCAACAACCACAACAACCAUCGACGCCACAGCAGCAGCAUCGCGAGAAGCAUCAGGAUCAGAUGUCGAUCGUCCCCGACAGAGACGGCGCAGCGCAGCGCCUGUCCAAUCAGGCACUGCAGAGGCAAUCUGGCAAGAGGACUCCACACGACAAGCAGAUUGCCAAUCUGACGCCGCCUCUCUGGUGCCAAGGCUUCUGCCGCCCUCAGGACCUGACCGUGCUCGAGCUCGAGCAGGAGCUGGACCUAUUCUACAAGUGGCUGGCGCCCAAUCGUUACGAGAACCAGCUACGACAGUUGAUCGUCAAUGAGAUCGAGGCGAUCGUCACAAAGAGGUGGCCCAAGGCCAAGGUCAUUGUGUUUGGCUCGUUCUCGACCGACCUGUGCAUACCAUCGAGCGACAUUGAUAUCCAGGUGUCGGGCAUCAACGAUGGUCAGCCAGCAUACUCGGACCCCAUACGCGAGAUGCACUCCAUCCUCCUCAAGAGCUACCAGAACACCUUCACCAACAUCCGAUUAAUUGCGGGUGCCAAGGUGCCCAUCAUCAAGUUUGUUCACCGCGAGUCUUGGUACAACGUUGACAUUUGCUUCGACACGCCCAAUGGAGUCGAGAACACUGGCAUUGUCAAGAUGUAUCUCAAGAAAUACAAAUCAAUGAAGCUACUCCUCCUGCUGUUGAAGUACUUCUUGUUCCAGAACAACUUGAAUGAGACUUACACAGGUGGCAUUGGCUCGUACGCCCUGGCGUUGAUGGUGGCCAGCUUCAUCCAAAUGCGACACAUCCCUUAUGAUCAGCGCGUCGUGACACGCAAGUCCAAGCCAAUCGACGAGAAGGAUCGACGCCACGCUGGCGAGGACACUGACUAUGGCGCAAUGCUAUUGGAGUUCUUCCAGCUCUAUGGCCAGUCGUUCCAGUACAGCCGUCAUGGAAUCUGUCUGACCAACGGCGGCUUCUACUUCCAGAAGGAGGAGCAGUUUGGCACGUACCUUACGCUGCGCGACCCACACGACGCCAACAACGACGUUGGCAGGAACAGCUUCAACAUCUCCUUCAUCCGCGGUGUCUUUACCAAUGCCUUUGUUCGCAUGGUCUCGAACGACUUGCUCAAGGACAAGUACGCCAACCACCAGUUCCCAACCGUCUUGUCACGCAUUAUCGAGGAGAGACUCGUCGAGCAACAGGCCAAAGAUCGCAACAAUGUGCUCCGCUUGGCAAAGUCACUGGAGACAGCGAACAAGUUGCCAGCAAUCACCUCUCAGUCAUCCUUGGCAUCGUCACCCAUCCUUGUUGGCAACGGUGGCUACAUCGACGCCGACACAGUCACAGUCAGCAGCAUCAGUGGCAACAACGGCAACAACAGCAGCAAAGACUUUGUAAAUAUCAACUCAUCCUCCUCGACAUCCUCCGACGACUUCUCCUCGGAGGAGUCCAUUCACUCUGGCAACGAAUCUGGCUCGGACGUCCAAAGCGCCUCUUUCGACUCUGACUACUUCUGCUCGUCAGAGUCUGGCUCCGAGUCUGAGGAGGACUCUUCAACCUCCUCCGUUUCCGCUCAAUCGACCAAUUUGUACGGCUGGUGA